UUAAGUGUUGGGAAACGGUUCUCCUUAGAACGAAGAUCACACGCACAUUUUCGGUAAAAUAAAGCAAAUUAAACUAUUUUCACGGUUUUAAGUUACGUUUUUGCAACGAACUGCUUCGUAUCAUGGAGUUUGUCAUUAAUUUAUGGCAAAUUGAAUCUAAAUAAGCAUAAAGUCGAACUACCAAUGCACUAAAUUGUAAACUUUUUUCGAAAAUCUUGGAAAAGUGUAUCAUACUACGUCAAAUAUACAUAUAUUAUUUUAUUAAAACUAAUUAACUGUGUACAGUGAUGAUUCUUCGCUGAAAAUAGUAAUAUAAAGCAAAAAGUGAUAUUUUAAAAUCAGUCAGUCCUUAAAAUUAAAAAUGCCCGACGACUUCUAUGAGCUUUUGAAUGUGAGUUCCACCGCCAGCUUUGAGGAGAUCAAGUGCAGCUACAAACAAUUGAUUCUACAAUGUCAUCCCGACAAAUUACGACAGCUCCAUGACCCAAAUCUGGGAUCGAUAUCGGAGCCCAAGAACAGCAGCGACUUUAAUGCGAUAAACGCUGCGUGGAACACACUGAAAGAUCCCAUCAAGCGUAAGCACUACGAUGCCGAAUUGCUGCAGUCCAAAUUUCAAGCGCACAGCAAUAUAUACGCCAGCAUUACGCUCCCCGAAAUGCAGCGGAUACAAGUGGAAAUCGAUGAAGAUGGCGAUGAUGAUGAGGGGGUUUCUCCCUCCCAAGAACCACAGGCAGACAAAGGGCCAGCGGCGACAAUGUGGAGCUACGCAUACGAUUGCCGCUGCGGCGGUCAGUAUCUGUUCGACGGUGGACCCGGAGACGAUGAAUCAUCAUCCGAAGUGAUUGUGGAGUGCAGCGAGUGUUCCUUAGUGAUUAUUGUGAAACAGCCCGCAAAAUCAUUCCAGUUUCCUCAGGCGCGUAAUUAACGCUGCAGAGAGAGUCGUCAACCUGGCUAGGAGCAACAGCAGCCUCACGAUUG